UAACAAGUGGUGCCAGUUGUGUGGAUCAGAACAACGUACUUCAGAUUCGCUGUGGAUGAAUAAUUUUGAACAGCAUUUUAGAAACAGUAUCGAGCAUGAUCAACAUCAUUAUACUGUUGAAAAUA